AUGGACGCCAAAGAAAUCAAAUCGACCAUCUCGAACCUUGAGAAGGCAUCCGACGAUGCUACUAUUUUAAAGCUUUUGAAUAUCCUUAGUGAUGGUGUGCAACCAACUGAGAAGCUCUUGAGAGAAACCAAAGUAGGUGUAGCAGUCAACAAAUACAGAUCCCACAGCAAUGGAGAAAUCAACUCCUUAGUUAAGAAAAUGAUUAGAAACUGGAGAGAAUCUGUUCAAAAUGAAAAGAAGAAAAAGGGAAGCAAUGGCGGAAAUGCCAGUCCAACCGGACCAAAUGACUCGAAGUCUGCUGGGUCUGGCUCUCCAACUGGUGGUUCUGGCUCUCCCGCAGCAGGAUCUACCGACAGCAAAUUCCACAGGGGUAAUAGAAAUCCCAAGACUGAUGGAGUCAGGACUGAGUUGUAUGAUAAUACUACCAGGAAUGCUUCUGUUAGCGCAUUGUACACCGCUUUGGCCAUUGAGCGUGACGACGCACCCUCGCAUAUCAUAUCGAUUGCUACUGCUAUAGAGAGUGAAGUAUUCAAAAGUGAGUACUCUGCUGUUAAUGACAGCUAUAGAAACAAAUUGCGUACCUUCACCAUGAAUCUUAGAAACAAAAAGAACCCUGAACUUAGAGAAAGAUUAUUAAGCAAGGCUAUUUCUCCAUCUGCUUUUAUCAAAAUGACUCCUAGUGAAAUGGCACCAGAGGCCUUGAAAAAGGAGAUCGAGAAGUUGCACAAGCAAAACUUAUUUGAUGCCCAAGGUGCUACCGAGAAGAGAGCUGUUACUGAUAGAUUUACAUGUGGUAAGUGUAAGCACAAGAAGGUCAGUUACUAUCAAAUGCAAACUAGAUCUGCGGAUGAACCUUUGACUACUUUCUGUACUUGUGAGAAUUGUGGUAACAGAUGGAAAUUCUCCUAA